GGGAGACAAAGAAGACGGGAGGGUUUUGGCCGCCUUCAGGGAGGAGAGACUUGAGAGAUAGCCCCCGAUCUCUUCUUCUGGUGAGAAAAGGGAGAGCGCGAGAGUGAGAGAAGGGGAAAAGGGAGGGGACUUUGUCCUUUGGGGAGAGGGAGGGGAGGAAGGUAGGAUGAGCGGUGGUGGUGGUGGUGCUGGAGGGGGGAGCAGGGGGAACGGGGCGGUGGCCGGCCCGAUCCCGGCGAUGUCGAGGAAGCUGGUGCAGUGCGUGAAGGAGAUCGUGAACUGCCCGGAGUCGGAGAUCUACUCCAUGCUCAGGGAGUGUAACAUGGACCCCAACGAGGCCGUCCACCGACUCCUCUCUCAAGAUACUUUUCAUGAGGUGAAGAGCAAACGUGACAAGAAAAAGGAGAUCAAAGAACCUCCAGAAUCCAGGUCUCGAGCAGUGAAUAGUUCAGGCCGUGGAGCGAGGGGUGGUAUUGACCGUAUGGGACGUAAUAGUUCGGCACAAUCCAGUUCAAGUGAUUAUGGAGUUACUCGUGGCAAACCUGUAAACAAGAAAGAAAAUGGAAUUACUAGUCUUCCUACCUCAUCAAUCUUGGGAUCUAGCAUAGUAGCAAGUAAUCCUAAUCGAAGGUCUACAAUUCCAAGUGAUUCUGCUUCAAUGGAAAAUACAAUACAAGUAACAGGCUUAUCUGAAGAAAUGCCUACACCCUUGCAACCUUCAUCUGGAUUCCAACACAAUUGGUUGGGGAAGCCAGGGCAUGUUUCGAUGGCUGAUAUUGUGAAGAUGGGCAGACCUCAAGGCAAGCCUUGUAAUGCACCUAUUGUAGCCAGUGACAGGUCCUCCACAACACAAAAUGCUGCCAUGUCACACGUAUCCCACCAAAGUGUUAAGCAAUCCCCAACCACAGUUAUGCCAUCAGAGCCGGAUCAGAAAGUACACUCGUCUCAGAAUUUUUCACAGGUUACAGAGAAUGCUCAUGAUAUUGGCGUUGCUGAUGGCCAUCAUGCAUCUCAUGAGGAUUGGUCUCUAGUUGAUGAGCCGCCAGCAGGAAGCGGGUCAAUUGUGCCAGAAACAUCUGACACCUCAGCUGUUUAUGCUGACCUAUCAGCCUCUUCGACAUUGCUUGUUGAUGGAGUUCUGCAUGUAAGUCCUCAUCUAGAUGAGAUUGAAGUACUAAAGGGAAAUGUUAGCAGUGGAGGUCUACCAGCAGAAUCCAUUAGAUCGACAGCUGUCUCUGACAGGCAUAUACAACUGGAUAAUCCUGGAGAGAGUUCCCAUUUGAAUGAUGGCUUAUUGAAGAACAUGAAUUCCUUCCAGACUCAAAGGCAUGCAUUUGAGCAAGAAGUUGAGGAUGUCAGUGCAGAACUUUCAUCAGCUGCUGCAGACCUACGGCAACUAGGUCUGCACACGGAGGAGCGAGGUGCAAAAUCUGCUGAGGACAACCCUGCAGUAAUUAUUCCUGAUCACCUGCAGGUUACAAAUGCAGAUUGCGCACAUUUGAGCUUUGGUAGUUUUGGUUCUGGUGCGUUUUCUGGAUCUUUUCCAUCAAAGACCCUGAAAAGUAACUUGGAGGUGGCCCCAGUUGCAGAAACUGCUUCUUCAAUUGAUCAACCAGAUGCUAGAAAUGAUGACUACUACAACAAUGGGCAACUGAUUUCUACAUCAAAUGAAGAUGUAGCUGCUAAAACUGGCACAAACACAGGGAAUCUUGAUAUGCCUUUAGCUUCACAACCUGAGGUCAUCAGAAAUGAUACAUUAGAUGCCACACACGGGCUUCAAUACAAUUUUCCAUCUGCCUCGGGUUAUGCACUCUCAAGCACAUCACAGCCAAAUGAAGCAGCUUAUACCUAUCCACAAGGAAAUACACAAAUGCAGAAUCUUUCCCCUUUCUCAAAUCUAAUGCAACCUAAUUCUCUACCCAGCAGUUUAUUGGCAGCAACUGUUCCGCCUCUCCGAGAUUUUGACCUUCCCUUCUCGCCCUUACUCACCACGCAGUCAAUGCCUGCAAAAUAUAAUACAGCAGUGGCUUCCAUUAGUGGGCCAACCAUUUCCAUGCCCGAGGCUGGGAAGCAGGGCAUUUUCUCCAACCCCCAGGCAACUCCAGAAAGCACCACCAUUUCUACGGGUCCUGCUCUCCCUCAACAUCUACCUGUCCACCAUUACACUCAACCAACUCUUCCUUCAAGCCACUUUGCCAACAUGAUCAGCUUCCCUUUUCUGCCUCAGAGCUAUACUUACUUGCCUUCUGCUGCCUUCCAACAACCGUACACAGGCAAUGGUCCCUUCCAUCAAUCUCCAGCUACAAUACCGAGUGCAGGCAUUAAGUAUACGCUACCGCAAUACAAAAGCAGCGUUUCUGUAACCAGUCUACCCCAGUCUGCUGCUGUAGCCUCUGCUUAUGGAGGCUUUGGAAGCUCAGCCAACAUUCCUGGAAGCUUCACCCUUAAUCCUACCACUGUCUCUGCCAGCACAACCAUCGGCCUCGAGGAAGCUUUAAGCUCGCAGUACAAAGAAGCAAAUCAUUACAUGCCUCUUCAGCAGGCUGAUAACACUGCCAUGUGGGUUCAUGGAGCUGGUUCGAGAACAAUGUCAGCUCUUCCAGCCAGCACUUUCUACAGCUUUCAGGGGCAGAAUCAGCAUAGCGGCUUUCGACAGGGUCAGCAGCCUUCGCAAUUUGGACCUCCGGGAUACCCAAAUUUCUAUCCUUCGCAGGCAGGAGUCCCCCAAGAACUUCAGCAAAAUCCGAGCGAAGGAAAUCUGAACGUCUCCCAGGCCGCACCAUCGCAGGCAUCGCACCAGAUGUGGCAGCACAGUUACUGAGCGAUUGCUCAUGUCUCUCAGUCUUUCGGUGUGUGGAAGAGAUACCUUGAUGGGGCCUGUAUACAGUUUGAUCACAUGUAAUUCAUGUCGAGCAUUUGGGUCUGAUCAACUGCACGUAGCAGCAGCCAAGAAUCACCCAAUUGGCUGCUGUCUGAGGCCUUGAGAGGUCCGAUGUAAUUUAGGGGUUGAGUGUGUUUUUAUCUUAUAGCCACGUGAGACUUAUUUGAGCUGUGUUCUUUUCAUUUAUUCUGAUAUAAGAGCAUUAUCUGCAGACUUCUUUCAUGUAACAGUGAACUCGAUUUAUCUAACAGGCGAGACUUCUCUAA